AUGAAUGCCAAUAAAGAAUGUGACAAGGAUUUAUUAAAAGAUUUGGAUUUAGAAAUACGGUCAAUUAAUCCAUAUGCAAAAAGCUAUAAAAUGUUAAAAACUUUGGAAAAUGAAGAAAUAAGUAGGCAAUCACAAAAUUCUGAGACAACAGUAAAUGAGAACAAUGUUUCCAUGAUGAUACGUCAAAAUAGAACUGUCGAUUGUAGACGCUAUAAUUUACCAAAUUGCAGUGAAGUAGCUGUUAUAUUCAAAAAUAAUGAUGGUGCUCCACCUUUUCAACGUGACAUUCGUAUCUACCCAAAAUCUGAGAAUAAUGAUACUUUCAUAAAUAUCAAUAGUUUCAGCUGUAAUUUAGACCCUAUGUGUUACACUUUAAUGUUUCCAUAUGGAGAACCUGGAUGGGAGCCUAAUAUGCUUAGUAAUAUUCAAAAUGAUGAUGAAAAAGAAAAGCACAUUACAAUGUUGCAAUAUAAAAAAUCUAAAUUAUCUAUAACUACUCAACAACAGAAUCCUUUGCUUAACUAUGGUAAAUUACUUCAACAAUAUGUUGUAGAUUCUUAUGUGCAAGUUGAAGCUAAUAGAUUAAAUUUUGUGAGAAAUCAUCAAAAAGAUUUGCGUGUUGAAAGUUACACUGGUUUAAUGGAUUAUAUGAGAAAUAAAACAGAGGAAAAUGCUUGUGAAGUAGGAAAGCAAAUUAUUUUACCUAGCUCUUUUGAAGGUUCACCUAGAAAUAUGAGAGAAAAGUAUUUAGAUGCAAUGUCAAUUGUUGGUACAUGUGGAUCCCCAGACCUAUUUAUUACAUUUACUUGCAAUCCUAAAUGGCCAGAAAUAUCAGAUAAUUUAUUGUACUCACAAUCUGCAAGUGAUAGACCUGAUUUAGUAUGCAGAGUAUUUUCAUUGAAACAUAAAGAAUUAAUUCACGAUAUUGUCGAAAAUAAAAUAUUUGGCGAAGUAAGUGGUUAUGUUUACACUAUUGAAUUUCAAAAACGAGGCUUACCACAUGCUCACAUGUUAUUCAUUUUGAAAGAUAAAAUAUUGAGUAGUGAAAUGAUUGAUAGAUUUGUUAGUGCUGAAAUUCCAGAUCCUAAAGUUUAUCCUGCAUUACAUGAAAUAGUCAAAAAUAAUAUGAUUCAUGGUCCUUGUGGUGCAAUGAAACCUAAUGCUUAUUGUAUGGAAAAUGGAAAAUGUGUAAAAGGAUUUCCAAAAACUUUUCACAAUGAAACUUGUAUGGAUAGAGCAGGUUAUCCUUCUUAUAGGCGUAGAAAUGAUAUCGAAAUUACUAAAAAUGGUGUUACCUAUGAUAAUAGAUAUGUUGUUCCUUAUAAUAGUGUUAUUCGUUUACAAGUUCAUUUACCAGGUGAACAAAAUGUAAUGUUUGAAAAAGGAAAUGAAGACAAAGGUUUGCAACGAAAUAAGAGUACUCUUUUAGCUUGGUUUGAAUUGAAUAAAAAAGAUGCUGAUAGUAAAAAAUAUAAAUAUACUGAAAUACCUCAACAUUAUGUGUUCAAUAAGAGCAAACAGGUUCAACAAGCUAUGAAGACAUUCGUACUGUGA